AUGAAACACAGAGAGAAACAGAGCAACACAGAGCAACACAGAGGCAACACAGAGGAACAGAUAGCAAAUACAGAGGGCAAACACAGAAAACAGGACACAGAGAAACACAGAGCAAAAGAGAGCAACACAGAGGGCAACACAGAGGGAAACACAGAGGGCACACAGAGGGGCAACACAGAGGGAAACACAGAGGGCACAGAGGCACACAGAGGGCAACAUAGAGGCAACACAGAGGGCAGAGGGCAACAAGAAACACAGGGCAAAAAAAAGAGGCAACAGAGGGCAACACAGAGAGGGCAACACAGAGCAACACAGAGUACAGAGAGAAACACAGAGGAGAGCAACACAGAGGGCGAACACAGAGGCAACACAGAGGGCAACACAGAGGGCAACACAGAGGGCAACAGAGGAAAUACAGAGGGCAACACAGAGAGGCAGAGCAACACAGAGCGACACAGAGCAAAUACAGAAGCAACACAGAGGCACAGAAGAGGCAACACAGAGGGCAACACAGAAGCAACACAGGGGCAACACAGAGAAAUACAGAGGCAAACACAGAGGGCAACACAGAGGGCACACAGAGGCAACACAGAGGCAACACAGAGCAACACAGAGCAACAUAGAGGGCAACACACAGAACACAGAGGGCAACAAGAGGGCAACACAGAGGGGCAAAAGAGCAACACAGAGCAACAGAGAACAGAGGGCAACACAGAGGCAACACAGAGCAACACAGGGCGACACAGAGGAAACACAGAUAAACACAGAGCAACACAGAGGGCAACACAGAGCAACAGAGAGCAAACACAGAGGCAAGAAAACACAGGCAAACACAGAGGGCAACACAGAGCAACACAGAGGGCAACAGAGGGCAACAACAGAGGCAACACAGAGGGCACACAGAGGGUAACACAGAGGGCAAACACAGAGGGCAACAGAGAAACAGAGGGCAACACAGAGGGUAAAUACAGAGGGCACAGAGGCAACAUAGAGGGAAACACAGAGGGCAACACAGAGCAACAUAGAGGCAACACAGAGGGCGAAUACAGAGAGGGCAACACAGAGGGCACAGAGGCAAACACAGAGGGCGACAGGCAACACAGAGGGAAACACAGAGGGCAACACAGAGAAACACAGAGAAACACAGAGCAACAUAGCAACACAGGAGCAACACAGAGGACACAGAGCAAAUACAGAGGGAAAUACAGAGUAAACACAGAGGGAAACACAGAGCAACACAGAGUAACAGAGCAGGAACACAGAGGGCAACACAGAGCAACACAGAGGGCAACACAGAUAACACAGGGCAAUACAGAGGUACACAGAGCAAAUACAGAGGGCAACACAGAGGGCAAAUACAGAGGCAACACAGGCAACACAGAACACAGGGCGACACAGAGGCAACACAGAAGGCAACACAGAGGGCAACAGAGGCAAACACAGAAGCAACACAGAGGGCAAACACAGAGCAAAGCAACAGAGAGCAACACAGAGGCAACACAGAGCAACACAGAGGAGCAACACAGAGGGCAAGAGGGCAACAGAGGGCACAAGAGCACAGAGCAACAUAGAGGAAACACAGAGGGCAACAUAGGAGAGAAACACAGAGGCAACACAGAGGGCAACAUAGAGGGCAACACAGAGGCACACAGAGCAACACAGAGGGCAACACAGAGGCAACACAGAGCAACACAGAGGGCAACACAGAGGGCAACAAACACAGAGCAACACAGAGGGCAACACAGGGCAACACAGAGGGCGACACAGAGGGCAACCAGAGAGCAACACAGAGGGGCGACACAGAGGGCAUCACAGAGCAACAAUGUGCAACACAGAGGGCAACACAGGAGCAACACAGGGGCAACACAGAGCAACACAGAUAGCAACACAGGGCCACAGGGCAAUACAGAGGGCAACACAGGGCAUCACAGAGCAACACAGAUAGCAACACAGAGGGCAACACAGAGCAACACAGAUAGCAACACAGAGAGGGCAACACAGAGCAACACAGAGGGCAACACAGAGCCAACACAGAGAGCAACACAGAGACACAGAGGGGGCCACAGAGAGGUAACUGAAGAGCGUGAGAGACAGGUACAACACUGA